AUGUCCGGCCUCGAAAAUGCCCUCUUCAACCUCAAGUUCACAGCAAAGUCGCUUAACCGCCAGUCACUCAAGGCCGGGAAAGAGGAGCAGCAAGAGAAGGCAAAGCUCGAGAAGGCUAUGAAGCAAGGCCACAAUGACAUUGCCCGCAUCUACGCCCAGAACGCCGUGCGCAAGCAGAACGAGAAGCUCAACCUCCUGCAACUAGCCUCCCGGGUCGAUGCCGUUGCCGGCCGUGUUCAGACCGCCGUCACAAUGCGACAAAUUACCAGCAACAUGAUGAAGGUCAACCGCAGCUUGGAUGUAGCCAUGAAGUCGAUGAGUCCGGAGAGGAUUGCCGCUGUCAUGGUGGACUUCGAGAAGCAGUUUGAGAACGUCGAUUCCGCAACCGAGCUCUACCACGACAUCACCUCAUCGGCGACCGCAGUUGGUACACCACAAGAAGAUGUUGAGCGCAUGAUGGCACAGGCUGCGGACAAAGCGGGUGUUGAACUGCAGUCUGAUCUCCAGGAGGCGCCGAAGACAAAGGUCGGUCCUACAGAGCAAGAGGAGGAUGCCUUCACCGAACGACUGCGCGCGUUGAGAAAUUGA